AUGAACAUCUUCAGGAUACUGGGAGAUCUCUCCCACCUAAUAUCAAUCUUGAUACUCCUCCAGAAGAUGAAAAGCUCGAAUAGCGCAUCCGGCAUAUCGUUCAAAUCGCAAUUCCUCUACCUCCUUGUCUACGUGACUCGCUACCUCGACCUCUUCUGGACCUUCUAUCUGCCUCAGAACCUCUACAACACCACCUUCAAGAUCGUCUUCAUAGCUUCCUCCGCGUACACAGUAUACCUAAUGCUGAACGACUACAAGCCCACGCAUGACCCGAAUCUGGACACGUUCAAGGUGCAAUACUUGCUAGGCGCAAGCGCAGUGCUGGCGAUACUCUUCCCGUACAAAUACACAUUCAGCGAGAUCCUAUGGGCCUUCUCAAUAUGGCUAGAAUCGGUCGCCAUCCUCCCACAGCUCUUCAUGCUACAGCGGACCGGCGAGGCAGAGACGAUUACGACUCACUAUCUCUUCGCACUAGGGGCGUACAGGGCGCUGUAUAUCCCGAACUGGAUAUACCGUUACUUCUCGGACGGCCACUUUGAUCCGAUUGCGGUGGUUGCGGGGAUCAUACAGACGGUGCUGUACUCAGAUUUCUUCUAUAUCUACUAUACCAAGUGA